AUGGCAAAGAAGGGCUCUACACCACGCGGCAAACCCGCCAAGGCUGCACAAAAGAGUGCCGGCGGAGCAGAGGAAAAGGAACUUUGGGAGGAGAUCCAGAAGCUGGGCGGCGACAUGUCUGAUCUCGCCAUGCUCCAGGAUGUGGACACCGGCGUUGCGGCAAAGUCUGCAAAGCCAGGAAAGGUCGAUAAGACCUCGUUGCAGGGCGAUCUGACAGAAUUCGCAAAGUCUCUGGGUCUAGCCACCAGCAUACCGACGUUCGUAGGCCUGCCCGAGAGCGAGCAAAAGCCACAGCAGAAGAAGCAGAAGCAGAAGACGGCAGAAAAGACCAAGGACACACAGAAGAGCAAUCCCGAAGAUGUGAAGACUCCGGCGAGCGAGCCCAUCGAGGAUGCCGGCGCCAAGGGCAAUAAGAAGACCAAGUCGAAGAAGGCUAAAUCGGACGACAAGCCUGCAGCAACAGAGCAGGCCAAAAAGGAGGAGGUCGUCUCUGAGAUUCCCGGAUUCAAGAUCAAAUCAGCAAAGGACGCGCUGCCGGUCUCGCGGGCCGGCCGGUUGGCUGUAGAUCCCAACCCGCAGUGGUUCGAAAUUAGCGUUGGCCCGCUGGAAAUCGAUUCCGAGGCGGCCAAGCCUGGAGAGGACGAGGUUCUGCAAAAGGCACAGUUUGCCGAGCAGCUCCUGGACGCUGAGAACGAGCUUUACACGAAGAGCGGCGCUAGCAAAAAAUCACUGUCCACGUCCGACCGGUCGUUCGUGUCCAACAUCCUGACUUCGGGAACACUGUCUGAUCGUGUCGCUGCGCUGACACUGAUUGUGCAGGAGAGUCCGGUUCACAACCUCAAGUCGCUGGCCCAGUUGAUGAGCAUGGUCCAGAAGAAGAACCGCCGCGAGGCACUGAUGGCUGUUGGCAGUGUUAAGGAUCUGAUGUCGCUCAAUUUGCUGCCGUCUGACCGCAAGCUCAAGUACUUUGCAGACCAGCCCCUGAACGCCCGGGGAAUCACCAACGCGCACUGGAUUAUGUGGGCCUUCGAGGACAAGCUUAAGCGCAACUACUUUGAUCUGAUCCAGGUCAUGGAGUCCAUGUCGUACGACCCUGUGCUGCACACGCGUCAGAACAUGGUUGUCUACUUUGAGGAGCUGCUGGAACAGAAGCCCGAGCAGGAGCAGAAUUUGCUGCGCUUGCUGGUUAACAAGCUCGGCGAUAAGGAGCGCCAGCUGGCCGCAAAGGCCUCCUUCCUGAUCCUCAGGCUGCUCAACGCGCACCCCAACAUGAAGUUUGUCGUCGUCAAGACCAUCCAGGAGCUGCUGCUGACAAAAUCUUCGACCAAGGAACGCGCCCAGUACUACACGAUGAUCACACUCAACCAGAUUAUCCUGUCGUCCAAGGACGUCCAGACAGCGAACCUUCUGCUCGAGGUGUACUUUGUGCUCUUCAAGAAAUUGCUCAAGAUUACAAAGGACAUGGACGAGGCCGAGGCCGCCGAAAACGCGGUCGGCAGCGAUGGCGAAAAGUCAAAUGCACCCGCAACUGUUGGCAAGCCCAGCAGGAAGGGGCCUCCGCCAAAGGCGUACUUUGGCCAGAAGGCGCUCAAGAAGGCCAAGGAGGAAACUGAGAAGAAGCGCGCUGAGGAGGAGCGCGCAAUGGACAACAAGCUGCUUGCGGCUAUCCUGACCGGCCUCAACCGCGCCCUGCCCUUCUCCAAGAUGGAGGACGAGAUCAUGGACCAGCAUGUCGGUGUGAUUUUCCAGAUUGCGCAUGCCGGCAACUUCAACACCGUUGUGCAGACGCUCGUGCUGCUGUACCAGAUCGUGCGCGCGCGCCCCGGUAUUGGCGACCGCUUCUACCGCACGCUCUACGACUCGCUGCUCGACCCGCGCCUCGACAGCACGUCCAAGAAGGCCAUGUACCUCAACGUGCUCUUCCGCGCACUCAAGUCUGACAGCAACAUGUCCCGCGUCAUGGCCUUCAUCAAGCGCAUCAUGCAGGUGUGCCUGUACAACCAGGCCGAGUUUGCGUCAGGCGCCCUGUUCCUGGUAUCCCAGAUCCUCAGCCUCAACCCGCAGAUCUACACGAUGCUGACCCAGCCCGAGGACAACGACGGCGAUGAGAAGAUCGUCGACGCGGAUUCCGAAGAUGAGGACGGAAAGAAGAGCGCCACCGAGCCCGCCACUAUGUCUGGCAGCCGCUACGACCCUCUGAAGCGCGACCCACGGUUUGCUGAUGCCGAGUCUAGCUGCCUGUGGGAGACCGUCAUGCUGAUCAACCACUUCCACCCAUCGAUCACCCACUCACUCAAGCAGAUCUUCGACGGCGAGCAGGUGCCAGCCAUCAGCAACUUGCACAACCACUCGCUGGCGCAUUUCCUCGACCGAUUCGUCUUCCGCAAGCCCAAGUCCGAGGGCGGCGCCAAUGUCGACGACGAAGAUGGCAAUGACACCCUGGGUACGGCGCCUGCCAUCAAGGCGUCGGCUCUGCGCGGCCAGUCGAUUAUGCAGCCGUUCAUCCAUCAGGACGGCCCCGACACAGAGCUGGGCCCCAACAGGACUCGCAUCGCUGCUGGCAACUACCUCAUUGCGUCCAAGCGCACCAGUGGCCAUGUCGGCGGCCUGGACUUCACCUCGGACAAGAUCGCCAACCUGCAAAAGUCGGAAAUUUCGCCCGAUGAGAUGUUCUUCCACCAGUUCUUCACCACAAAGAAGGAGCGCAUGGGCAAGCGUGUCAAGAAGGUCAAGAAGGAUGCCGAGGAUGAGGAGGAGUCUGGAUUUGCUGAUGACGGCACCGGCUUUGCCAGCGCUGUCAAGGGCAGCGCUGGCGAUGACCUGGAUGAGGACGAGGUCUGGGAAGCUAUGACGGCGUCGAUGCCCAAGGCCAAGGGCGACAACGAGGAGGAUGACAACGAUGGCGAGGAUGACCAGGACGAGGAUCUCUUGGCUGCACUGCAGGAGGAUGACAGCGAUAAUGAAGAUGGUAUUAGUCAGGACGACGACGAGGAGGAUGCUGAGGACGACGACGAAGAUAUGGAUAACGACGACGAGGAUGUCGAUGAGGACGAUGAGGAUGGCUUUCCCAACUUUGACGACGAGAUCAGCGAUGACGAGGAUGAUGAGGAGGACGAGGAUGAGUCUGAUGAAGACGUCAGCGUCAAGGCUGGCAUUAAGCGCAAGGACAAGGAGGACGACGAGGCCAAGGAGGCCUCCUCGGCGCCAUCCAAGCGCAAGAAGCACGUGAAACUGCCGCUCUUCGGUUCGUUCGAGGACUAUGCGCACAUGAUUGACAACGACGAGGGCUUGGAAUAA